UUCUCAGGACUCUACCUUUCCCCAAGAGGGGUGCAUGGAGGAAGAGAGAAUUAACUCUGGGCUCCUGACAGCCAAAUCCCAGGAGUCACUGACAUUCAAGGAUGUGGCUGUGGACUUCACCCCGGAAGAAUGGGGACAACUAUACCCUGCUCAGAGGGACCUCUACAGGGAAGUAAUGCUGGAAAACUAUAGGAACCUGGUUUCAUUGGGGCAUCAAGUUUCCAAACCACAUUUGAUCUCCCAGUUGGAGCAAAGAAAAGAACCUUGGAUAAUGGAGAGAAAAAUGCCAAGAGGGAACUGCCCAGACUGGGAAACUAGACCUGAAACCAAGGGAUCAACUCCAACAGAGGAUGUUGCUGAAGAAGAAUCAUUCCAGGAGGUAAUAAUGGAAAGAUUCCCAAAGGAUAGCCUUUGGUGUUCUACAUUUAGGGAGGCCUUGGAAUGUAAUGGCCAAUUAGGGAGGCAGCAAAGAAUCAAGGAGAGAAUGUUAAAACAAACGACAGUCACCCAUGAGAAAAACUUCAGGAGUAAGAACCAUUCUGAUUGUAAUGAACUUGGAAUAAGCCUCAGUCUGAGAUCAAUACUUGUUACCCAAAAGAGAAGUUCUCUAGGAAGGAGAUGCAAUAAAUGUGACACAUGUGGAAAGACCUUCAAACAUAAUUUAGAACUAAUUAAGCAUCAGCAAAUCUGUGCAGGGAAGAAACCCUAUGAAUGUGAUGAUUGCGGAAAAACCUUCAGCCAGAUUUCAUACCUUACCCAACAUCGGAGAAUACAUACAGGAGAAAAACCCUAUGAAUGUAGUGAAUGUGAGAAAGCCUUCAGCCAGAUUUCAUACCUUACCCAACAUCGGAGAAUCCAUACUGGAGAAAAGCCCUAUGAGUGCAAUGAAUGUGGGAAAACUUUCAGCCAGCGUACACACCUUACUUGGCACCAGAGAAUUCAUACUGGUGAGAAACCUUAUAAAUGUAAUGAAUGUGGGAAGGCCUUCAGCAUCACUUCAUCACUUAACAAACAUUGGAGAAUUCAUACUGGAGAAAAGCCGUAUGAAUGUAUUGAAUGUGGAAAAGCCUUUAGCCGAAGUACAGCCCUCACUCAACAUCAGAGAAUUCAUACUGGAGAAAAACCCUGUCAUUGCAAUGAAUGUGGAAAAGCCUUUAGCAGGAGAACAGCCCUUACUCAGCAUCAGAGAGUUCAUUCAGGAGAGAAACCUUAUCACUGCAAUGAAUGUGGAAAAGCCUUUAGACAGCACAGAGCCCUUACUCAACAUCAGAGAAUUCAUACUGGAGAGAAACCUUACCAAUGUAAUGAAUGUGGAAAAGCCUUCAGCAACAGGUCAUCCCUUAUUCAACAUCAGAGAAUUCACAGUGGAGAGAAACCCUAUGAAUGUAAUGAAUGUGGGAAAGCCUUUAGUUGGAGGACUCACCUUACUCAGCAUCUGAGAAUUCAUACUGGAGAGAAACCCUAUCAAUGUAAUGAAUGCGGGAAAGCUUUCAGUGACAGGUCUUCUCUUACUCAACACCAGAGAAUUCAUACAGGAGAGAAACCCUAUCAGUGUAAUGAAUGUGGGAGAGCCUUCAGUCGCAACUCAUCUCUUACUAAACAUCAAAGGGUUCAUGUUGGAGAAGAUCCCUUUGAAUUAAGUUAAUUUAGGAAAUUAUUGAGCUAAAGUAGAAAACUCAUUAAUUCGUACUGGAAAGGAACUUUAUGUAAUGGGGAGACUUUUCUUGUAUAAACUCAGACCUCUGUGGACAUCACUACAAAAUCUCUGAAGAAUAACACUGAAAAUGCAGUGAACUUAGAGAAGUUUCUUUUGGACUCAUAAAUAUCCUUGAAUUAUAGUCAUAUAAUGGGUUAAAAGGGAUCUCAGAAAUAAUUUAGCCCAACUCAUUUCUAAGCAGAAAUUUCCCCAAAACAUCUCUACUGAGUGGUCACUCAUCCUCAGUUUGAAAGUUCCCAAUGUGGAGGAAAUUCACUACCCUUCCCUACAAGACAGUCUAUUUCACCUUUGAACAGCUUCAGUUAUUAGGAACUUUUCCCUUAAAUCAAACUGAAAUCCACUUUUCCCCAUAUUUCUAACUCUUAUGUGCUGUCUUCUACCAUUACAAUGUAAGCUCCUUGAGGGUAGGAACUAUAUUUUUUUGUUUGUAUUUUACCCCCAGUGCUUAGCCUGGCACAUAGUAAGCACUUAAUAAAUGCUUUGUCUACCUACUCCAUUUUUGGUCUUAAUUUUGUCUUCUAAUUGAAGACAACCAUCAUGUCUUUCCUAGGCUAA